UUUUCAGGCAUUAAAGGUGUGCACAAGCUCAUCAGGAUGCCGGGCGUGGUCUUCCUAAUCGUUGUGCCGACGGCGAAUUUUGAACGUGAGCUGAUUUACGGCACUUCAAAUAAUGCCCUGGUGGAGACGUCUGGCAUGGCCAUGGCAGGCCAUCCAGGACACCUCGGCCAUGGCCAUCCUGUGGUCGCUGCCGCCGCCCAUGGAGGUGGCAACAAUAAUCUGAACAUCAAUCUUCCGGAGAAUAACAACGCAAUACUACGACUCGAAGUUGAAUUACGUGACAAGAAUGUGCCCAAGUACCGACGAGGAGUGGGCGGUGGUCCGGGCAUUGGACAAGUGGGCGGCGGCGGCGGUGGAGGAGCAGGUGGACCCAAGCGAACCGCAGGCGGAGGAACAGGAACAGCAGUACCGAUUGGGCCAGCUGACACCUCCACGGUGGGUGCUCCGCUGGACAGACGUAAUUUAGUGGUGCCGCUCGAGAAGGUGCUGGAGGAGCUGCUUGUCAAGCUGGAAAUUGAGCACGUUACUUGGACGACGAGCAAGAAAGGAUACUUCCACCACGUCGUUUUCCCGCUGCAGGCCGGUGCCGCCUGUGAGACCACCCUGCACUGCCUCACGGAGCUGGGGAUUGGCACUAAAUUGAAUUCCUGCGUCAGCGUGCUGCCAUGCAGCGUUAGUUAUGAUGCCAUCACAGAUGCGGCCAACAUGCGAGACGACUACAGCGAGGAAGCCGAGGAUGCCUCGAAAUGGAACAGUUUUGUGGAAUCAAUUAAAUCGAAAUUGACGGUCAAACAGGUGGUGGACGGAGUGCGAGCCGGGGGAUCCCUGUCCUUCGACUAUCUGCUGCUAAUCGUUACUGCCGACUCGCUGGCGGCCCUGGGCCUGGUGGAGAAUAAUGCCCCGAACAUAGUGGCUGCCAUGUUGGUUUCGCCGCUUAUGGGCCCCGUAAUGUCGAUAACAUUCGGCGCAAUUAUCUCCGACAAAGAACUAAUGCGCGUUGGCUUCCUCUGCCUCGGCCUGGGCAUGUUCAUCUCCCUGCUCUUCGGCUUCAUCUUCGGCCUGAUUCUGGGCACCACCGAGAUGCCCUGGGGCCAAAACUCCGACUGGCCCACGGAGGAGAUGCGCGGCAGGGGCAAUGUGCGCGCCCUCUGGAUGGGCGUGCUGUGGGCCUUGACAUCUGGCACUGGCGUGGCCGUGGCCUUGCUCCAGGGCUCCGCCGGCCCCCUGAUCGGGGUCGCCAUCUCCGCCUCCCUGCUGCCACCCGUCGUCAACUGUGGUCUCUUCUGGUCACUGGCCUGCAUUUGGCUCAUCUACCCGGAGAAGCGGAUUCCCCACUUGAAGAACGAGGCGAUGAACUCGACCAGCGCGUAUCCGUUCCUCUACACGAACUACUUGCCCACCGAGUUCCUCAUCAAUGGCAUCGUAUCCGCCUGUCUGACCAUCGUGAAUGUGAUUUGCAUAUUUAUCACGGCCAUAAUCGUACUGAAAAUUAAAGAGGUCUCGGCGCCAUAUACGGCUAGUCCGGACUUAAAGCGAUUUUGGGAAACAGAUCUUCGCACCGUUCGCAAAACGAAUCGCUCAACAAUGCGGCAUCCUCGCAACCGGAUCUCCAUGGCCGGAGGAGCUGGAGGGAUGGGGACCGUCAGGGACAAGUUCAGCGGGGGCUCCCCCUAUCACGGACUGGACGAGCGGGACGCCCAGAUGGACACUGCCCUCGAAAGGGCUCUGGCCCAGGCCGAGAACGACGCCACUUUCAAGAAGGUCAAGCGGAUGAGCUACUCGAGCAACGCGGCCGGCGAGUUAACCGAACGCCUGGCCAAGAUAGCCGGACUCAACCGCCUCAAGACGGAUGGUGACCCUGGGCAGACGAGCUCGGGCAGCCUGUCCGGCAGCCGGAUGAACUCCAUUCCCAACUCCCAGCUGAACGUGGACCUAAAGGUGCUGGACAAGCUGGUGAGCACUCUGCUGGAGCAGCACACUUCCGGAGCAAAGGGAGUCGCCGCCUCCUUCAAGCCGGAAACGGGCACCCGCACUCCGCCCCUGCAGCGGAUGGCCUCCAAGAAGCUGAACCGCUGGCGCCCCCUCUCCCGCUCCGCCCACAGCUACAAGCGUCACGAGAGCAGCGACCUCAUCGGCGGCAGCUUCACCCAGCUGAUGGAGCGCGUCGAUCCGCCGGCCACGUCCGCCCAGCAUCCGCCCAACAUGCCCACGAUCAUGGAGAGCAGUGCCGGCAGCCCCGUGAGCCCAACACCCACGCCCAACAAUGCCCAGCAGCAGGCGGGUCAUCCGCCCAUGUGGAACGCCUCCUUGGACGCCACUCCGGGAGCCGUGCGAAACGUGCUCCACGGCUCAGCGGAGCCCGAGGAUCAGCUAAACUUGACCCACAACUAUGUGGGUUAAUAUAUUUUUUAGACUUGAAGAAAUAUUAUAUGUUGUUAUAUGUUCUACCCUUCAAUAAAAAGCGUUAAAAAGUAUA